CUGAGCGAGUGGGUUCGGUGUCCGAUGGGGAUUUGCAAUGCGCCUGCCACGUUUCAGCGAGCGAUGAACAUGACGUUCCAGAACUUCGUCAACAAGACACGGCUGAUGCAGGGGAUGAUUAACUUCUGCGUGAUCGUGUACAUGGACGACAUCCUGGUCUAUUCGAAGACCUAUCACGGGCACGCACAACACAUCGCAUGGACAUUGAGUGCAUUGAGAGACGUUGGGUUCAAGAUUGCGCUUGAGAAGAGUGAAUUUUUCCUGUCGGAAAUUUCGUUCCUGGGCUAUGUCGUGACACGUGGAGGAUUGCAGCCAGACUCGAGAAAAGUUGCGGCAGUGAGGGAAGCUCCGGUUCCCACGUCUCUGACGCAGGUUCGAGCCUUCUUGGGGCUGGCGUCGUACUAUCGACGCUUCAUCAAGGGUUUUGCCGCGAUUGCACGACCACUAACGAAUCUGUUACGGAAAGACCAGCCUCUCAGCUGGGACGCGGAGUGCCAGCAGGCCUUUGCAACCCUCAAGGACGCUCUGGCAACGGCCCCUAUUUUGAUCCGGCCGGACCCCUCGAAGCAGUUCAUCCCCAUCACGGACUGGCAACCGGAAGCUAUUUCCGCUAUUUUAGCCAAGAAGGGGAACGAUGGUCGAGAACACGUCAUCGAGUACGCAGCGACACGGCAAGGCGGACGGGCUGACAUGUCUACAUCGGCCUGCCAAGGUACCAAAGGGCGAGGAAAUUACACUGUAGAAGGAGCCGCGGAACGCAUCCCGCCGUCGCAGCGACAACAUUUGGAUCCCCGGGCGAUUCGUGACCCUGCCUUCUUCAGGCAGCCUACGGCGGAGCAGCUUGCGGUCAUCCAAGAGGAGGAAGAGGAGGAUGAGAGUGAUGACGGGGAAGACGAGCGGGAAGAAAGUAAGGAAGGCGACGAAGUACUCGAGGAAGAAGACGAAACCCCCGAAGAAGGAAGCUAUAGCGAGCAUAGCGAGGGGGAGCAGAGCGAAGAAGAGGAAGAAGAUGAAGAAGGAGAAGAAGUGCACGAAGAAGAAUCUGUUGGACCAGAGUGGGAAGUCGUGCCGGAAGAAGCGCUGCGCACAGGUACAAAGGCAGAAGAUCCCGAGGCGGCCCGUAAAAGGGAAGAGAUCACGGCCGGGAAGACGGAGUUAUAACUCGCAGGCGCGACGAGUCUGCAGAUCUGCGACGACCCGAACCGAGAUUCGGAGCCACCCCGACCUGA